AUGGCAAUUGACCGCUACGUAGCCAUCUGCUACCCACUGAGAUACCCUGUCGUCAUGAGGAAAAAUGCCUACCUGCCCAUGGCAGCUGGAUCUUGGGUCACUGGGCUUGUGGACUCAGUGGUGCAGACAUCUUUCGCAAUGCAGUUACCAUUCUGUACUAAUAAUGUCAUUAACCAUUUUGUUUGUGAAAUUGUGGCUGUCCUAAAGCUGGCCUGUGGUGAUAUUUCAAUCAAUGUGAUCAGCAUGGCAGGGUCAAAUCUGAUUGUUUUGGUUAUUCCACUGCUAGUAAUUUCUAUCUCUUACAUUUUUAUCGUCGCCACUAUUUUGAGGAUCCCUUCCACUGAAGGAAAACGUAAGGCCUUCUCCACUUGCUCAGCCCACCUAACGGUAGUGAUUAUAUUCUAUGGAACCACCUUCUUCAUGUACGCAAAGCCCAAGUCUAAAAGUUCUGUUGAUGCUGAUAAUCAAGACAUCAUUGAGGCCCUCAUCUCUCUCUUCUAUGGGGUAAUGACCCCCAUGCUCAAUCCUCUCAUCUAUAGUCUGCGGAAUAAGGAUGUAAAGGCUGCUGUGAAGAACAUGAUGAGUAGAAAAAACUCGGGUGGAAUGUGA